CGCCUUCUUCCCCUCUUGCCCCUCAGGAGCCGGAGGUGAGGGUGCCUGCACGCAAGGAUGAUGAAGUCUUCUUUACAUGCAGAAGAGGAUGAUUUUGUGCCAGAGCUUCAGAGAAGUAUUCAUCCCCGUGAAAGGCCGGAUUGGGAAGAGACUCUCAGCGCAAUGGCGAGAGGAGCAGACAUCCCUGAGAUUUCAGGAGAGCUACCAUUGCGGACAUGUGGCAGCACAGCUAGCAUGAAAGUAAAGAACGUGAAAAAGUUAUCCUUUACCAAGGGCCACUUUCCAAAGAUGGCUGAAUGUGCACACUUCCAUUAUGAAAACGUGGACUUUGGCAAUAUACAACUUUCACUCCCAGAGGAGCAGAAUGAAGUAACAAGAAAUGGCUGUGAAUCCAAGGAACUUGUCUACCUUGUGCAAAUCUCUUGUCAGGGCAAGAGCUGGAUUGUGAAGCGGAGUUAUGAAGAUUUCAGAGUACUUGAUAAGCAUCUUCACCUGUGUAUUUAUGACCGGCGCUUCUCCCAGCUCUCAGAGCUGCCUCGUUCUGAUGCCUUGAAAGACAGCCCAGAGCUUGUGACCCAGAUGCUGAUGGCUUACCUGUCACGACUUUCCGCCAUUGCCGGCAACAAGAUAAACUGUGGUCCUGCCCUCACAUGGAUGGAGAUUGAUAACAAGGGGAAUCACCUGCUAGUCCACGAAGAAUCAUCCAUUAAUGUCCCGGCUAUAGCAGCUGCCCAUGUCAUUAAAAGAUACAUUGCACAGGCAGCUGAUGAGUUAUCCUUUGAGGUGGGAGAUAUUGUAUCCGUUAUCGACAUGCCUCCAAAGGAAUUGACUACCUGGUGGAGGGGAAAACAUGGAUUUCAGGUGGGAUUCUUUCCCAGCGAAUGUGUUGAACUAAUUAAUGAUAAAGUUCCUCAGUCUGUGACCAAUUCUGUGCCAAAGCCAGUGUCAAAAAAGCACGGCAAGCUUAUAACUUUCCUGCGCACAUUCAUGAAGUCUCGGCCAACGAAACAGAAACUGAAGCAACGUGGGAUCCUAAAGGAGAGGGUGUUUGGUUGCGACCUUGGCGAACAUCUUCUCAAUUCUGGCCAUGAUGUCCCCCAGGUCCUCAAGAGUUGCACUGAAUUCAUUGAGAAGCAUGGCAUUGUGGAUGGAAUAUACCGUCUGUCUGGGAUUGCUUCCAAUAUCCAGAAGCUGCGGCAUGAGUUUGACUCUGAACAAAUCCCUGACUUGACAAAAGAUGUAUACAUUCAAGAUAUACAUUGCGUAGGUUCCCUCUGCAAGCUAUAUUUUCGGGAACUCCCAAAUCCUCUGCUUACUUAUCAGCUGUAUGAGAAAUUCUCAGAUGCUGUGUCAGCUGCUACAGACGAAGAACGAUUAGUUAAAAUUCAUGACGUCAUCCAACAACUGCCUCCACCCCACUACAGGACGCUGGAGUUCCUAAUGAGGCACUUGGCUCAUCUCGCUGAUUACUGCACCAUCACAAAUAUGCACACAAAGAACUUGGCAAUUGUCUGGGCACCUAACCUACUGAGGUCAAAGCAGAUCGAAUCUGCAUGUUUCAGUGGAACAGCUGCUUUUAUGGAGGUUCGAAUCCAGUCGGUGGUUGUGGAGUUCAUUCUCAAUCAUGUGGACGUCCUUUUCAGCUCCAAACUCAGUUCUGUUAUUCGAGAGAGUGCAGGUCACAGUUCCUUGUCACGGCCUAAAUCUCUGCUGGUAUCUUCUCCCUCAACAAAACUGCUCACUCUGGAGGAAGCACAAGCGAGGACUCAAGCCCAGAUAAACUCACCCAUCGUGUCAGACAGCAAGUACAUUGAAGUGGGCGAAGGACCUGCUGCUCUGCAGGGAAAAUUCCACACCAUUAUAGACUUUCCAUCUGAAAGAAAGAGACCACCGAGUAAGAUGAAGAAAUCCCCUGUUGGCAGCUGGCGCUCCUUUUUUAACCUAGGAAAAUCAUCGUCUCUCUCCAAGCGGAAACUGCAGCGCAACCCGAGCGAGCCUUCUGAAAUGAAAGCCAUAGCCCUGGCAGGAGGACGAGGAGACAGUGGGACCCUGCGCUCCGCCAAGAGUGAAGAAUCCCUCUCAUCUUUACAUGCCAUUGAUGGUGAAUCUAAAUUGUUCCGUCCCAGAAGGCCGCGGUCCAGUAGUGAUGCCUUGUCUGCUUCCUUUAACGGGGAGCUCUUGGGGAACAUGAACCGCUGCAAUUCCUAUGACAACCUUCCCCAUGACCAGGAGAGCGACGGGGAUGAAGGACACAUCCAUGUUCCUGCUCUCAUCUCCCCACGGUCAGCCGAAGAUGUUGACCUAAGCCCGCCUGAGAUUGGUGUGGCUAGCCUGGAUUUUGACCCCAUGUCUUUCCAGUGCAGCCCUCCCAAAGCAGAGUCGGAAUGUCUUGACAGCAACACCUCCCUAUUGGAGUCGGUAGACUUUAAUAAGGAAAAACAGAGCACUUUUAAGAAGGAGCUAGACUCAGGCAGCCAGUCUCACACCCCUGGCAGUGCUACAAGCUCUGAACCAGUCUCUCCCUAUCAAGAGAAGACUAUGAGUCCCUUCUUCACUCUAGACCUGAGCCCAACGGAAGAGAAAUCAUCCAAGCCCCAGUUGUUCUCUGAGAAGGUUGGCCAUGCCUUCUCCCCCAAGAUGGGACGGAAGCCAGUCAAGUCUCCACCACUGAAUAUGCUGGAGCCUGUCCCCUUCACUCUACCCAGCCGGGUACCAGAUGUCAUUGGAGGGUUAUCAGGGAGCUCAGGUGCUCCAGAGUGGACUAAAGGGAACUGUAGCACCAGCGAGGCCACAAGCAGGUCCCCACCCCAGAUGAUAAUGUCACCCUUGAAAGCCAGUGAGCUGAGGCCAGGUGAAGGGCACCAGCAAGAGUUCCAGAGCCAAGGAGAUGCCAAGAAAGCUGAACUUCAAGAAGAAGUAGACCAGCCUCUGCCCAGCAGCAGCCAGAGUAAGCCUGUACCUUCUGGACAGACACAGCCAGGAGCAGUUGCCCUCGACUCCCCCCAGGAUCCUGUGCCAGUCAGUUCUGUCUCUGUUGUCCCUCCUCCUCCACCGAAAAACGCAGCACGCAUGCUAGCCUUAGCCCUAGCAGAGUCUGCCCAACAAGCCUCAGUUCAGUCACACAAGAAACCAGAUGCUCUCUCUGACUGUAUCACCUAUGCAGAGGCGGAGAGCGGAGGAACGGUAGAAAUGUUCCAUCCGUAUUCUGCUGUCACUCCAGAGAAGCUUCACCUGUAUACUGCCCUGCCAGAAAAUCAGCUCAGUUUGCAGGCUGCUGCGACUGCAGAUCACCAGAGGAGUGGAUUGCCCUCAGACCAGGGCUUUCCAAAUGGUGGCAUGCCCGAGGGCAGCAAUCAUUCCCAUGUUGGCAUGCCUGGAAAUCGGGACCACUCUCUGCUCUCUACUGACAUGCCUGGAGAGCUGCAUAGUGGCACAAACGUGGUCUGGGACCACCCCCACUUCCAUCCUCAUGCGUCAGGGGAGACACACCACCUUGCUCACUCAGUUCUCUCCGAGGAUCAGAAACACUGUCAUCCUUGCGCUCAGGGUGUGUUGCAGCCAGAGCCACCCGCAAAAGAAGCACCUACGCAAAACUCUCACCUCCACACUUACCUCCUUACAGAUAAGAACCAAAUCCAGACCAACAAGCUCCAUUUUUCAGUCUGCUCAGCAGAAAAUAAAUGUCAGUUUCUUCCUGCAACUGCUGGGGAGAAAACAGCCACAACUGCUGCAGCAUACAUAACAACUGCACAGGCAGCAGCAACUGAAACCGCACCCGGCGUAUCUGGCCAGCACAUUUCUCUUCAGCCUGCCACAGCCACUCCCAACUGCACAUGGGGAGAAAUUGCGUUCAUGACUGCUCAACACGCUCUUGCCAGCAGCCAUACAGUUCCAACGCAGAGGCCAGGAGAGCAUCAUCCUGCUGUGGGACAAACGCCAGCUGCAGCCGUUAAAUCUUCGAGUGGCCUGGGCCAGGCACAAGAAGAAGCGAGUCCAGAGAAACUGUCUGAGCCUCGAUCAGCUGAGCCAGCCCCCAUUUUCGCUACAGAGGGCACUGCUACUAUCCAGUGUACUUCAGCCACCCCUGUGGCCACACUCCAUCAAGUCCAGUUGGAGAAGCCCCAUGAAAAUAGCAGAGCUCCCCCUUUGCACUUGCGUUCUGAAUCUGUCCCAGCUCACUCCUCCUGUGGAUUUACACCCCCAGUCCCACCUGUGAGGACAAUGGAGAGUAAAAUUGCUGCAGCCAUGCAUUCAAAUAAUGCAGAUCCUAUGAAUCCUGCCAGUUACCAUUCCUUUCUUGCUUCCUCUGCACUGCCACCAUCAGCGGAAGAUCCUCUACCGCCACCUCCCCCACCUAAAUACACUUCACUCCAGUCUUCGUAUUUCUCCCAUGCCAAGUCAGAGAGCGCCCCCGAGACCCCAGCGCCAGACAACUAUGUACAUCACAAGCCUGCAUCCAUCCACCAGUACAGGGCCGAGAGCAUCCCACCACACCUCUAUCACAACAAGUCCGAACAACAUCCAGGCUACCCUUCUCUGUCGGAGACACCCACGUCUACGGUCCCCAGGUACAACGCAUAUGCCACUCAAGGGAAGAGCGCCUCUGUCCAUCACUCCAAACCCCGCAGUCGGAUAGAAUACAUGUCCUCCAUGAGCCCUACAAUGAGGAGCAAUAGUUAUGUAGAGGAUUCGCCGCCCUACCCCACCAUCCGACGUGUGCACUCGCUGCACGUCUCUGCUCCGUCUACUAUCAGAUCAGUUCCCAUUUCCCGUACAGAGGUGCCUCCUGAUGAUGAGCCUCUCUACUGCCCAAGGCCUCUCUAUCAAUAUAAGCCAUAUCAGCCCCAUGCAGAUUAUCAUGUCACUCAGCUGCAGCCUUACUUUGAGAAUGGCCGUGUUCAUUAUCGAUAUAGCCCCUACUCAAGCUCCACCAGCUCCUCCUGCUACACUGCAGCGGACAGUGGGUUUUACGAUCUGGAUCCAUAUGGAACAAUGAGACUGAGGCAGUUCCAUCCUCUCGCCGGUAGAGAUUUUGCAUCCUAUUCCAGGCUGCAGAGCAAAAGUUUGUACCGCUAUCCUGGCCUGCCUCCAUACCCUCGAGGAGGCCUCAGCCACCUGACCGGCAAAGAGCACAGCUUCAUCAGCAGGGAUGUCCCACCUGCCCCAGAUGUCAAGCCUAUGUACGUCUCCUGGGAUUUGGAGGACAUGGAAAAGUACCGUAUGCAAUCCAUCCGCAGAGAAAGCCGUGCACGCCAGAAAGUGAAAGGGCCAGUCAUGUCCCAGUAUGACAACGUAGCCCCUUUGCUGCAGGACGAAUUGCGAACUGUUGAUGUUGUGCACUUGCGCAGUAAAUCUGAUCCUGGGAAAACUGGCCUCCUCACUGUAGCUGAUGGAAAGGAAGGGAGAUAUCCAUGCAAGGUAGGGACCCCUGAGGGGGAUGAAUGCUACUAUGUGCCACAUCCGGACAUUGAUGUAGAUAGAUCCCAUUAUCAUGGAACCUAUGGGAACGGACAAUCUAAGAAACCUUCCCUCCCUCAAAAGCAAAGCAGCAUCAGGAACAGGAAACAACCUGAGGCAGGUUGUAAUUCGAAUGAGCACAGAACACAUCUGCAGCAUGACAUGAGCCAUAGGCAGCCUCUGGAAUCUAAAAACGGGCCCCCGUAUACGGAUUACCAACCAAAGGGCCACCAGGAGCCAGCAGAAUCAAUGGUGUACCAACACUCUGCUGGGAAAUACGUUCCAGCCAGCCACGAUGCCUUGAGACUGAAUCAUAAAGAGGUGAAGCUACCAGAGGACAGGCCUGAAGUAGAGCGACCUCGAGCAAGGCAAGCCGUAGUUGCUGAAAAGCACUCCCGAGACUGCUAUAAAGACGGUGAGCACUACGGGAAGCCCACAGCACCGCCUCCGAAACCAGAACGGAGCCAUAGCCUCCGGCUCCAACACCCCGAGAACAUGGAACGGGACCCUGGGCUCCUUUACCCAUACCAAACCCUUGGCAAGCGCCAAAGCACUAUGACUGUGGUGUCGCAGUACGAUAAUUUGGAUGACUACCAUACCAUGCCUCAGCACCAAAGAGGGGGUUAUGUUGGAGGAGGGGGCUUUGUCCCUCCCUUUCCUCAUCCACACAGCAGGACCUAUGCCACAGCUUUGGGCCAGGGGGCCUUCCUUCCCUCUGAGCUCUGCCUACAGAGGCCUGAGACUGAGAUCCAUGCAGAGUGAGCUCGAAGGGCAGGAGGGAUAAGAGUUUUAAGCAGCCCCUGCUGGACAGUGGACUGGUUUAUUUUUUCAGUGACACACACACACACACAAAAAACCCAUCAGAGCUAUUCCUGCCAGUAACCUCCACUCACCUCUUGCCCUCCCAACUCCCCACCACCACCCCAGCUCUCCAUCGCUUCCAGGUUUUUAUAUAGUAAAUGUAUAGUUUUAUCUCACAUGUCUAAAGGUAGGUUGGAGUAAUCAUGCAGGCUUUCGUUAAACUUGAAGGCGAGAAAUGUUGUGCUGUGAAUAGCUCUCACAUUCCUUAGUUUGAAACAAUGGCAUUUCCCCAUAGCUUUGGCACUACUGUCCUUUGGAGACCUGUGCAUGGCAUAUGUAGACAUUGUUUAAUACAGACAUUUCAUCCCAAGGUUAAACGUCACUAGAGAGAGAUUUAUGGAAUGGCAAGCUUUUUAGAACUACUUCAACUUGACCCUUUCUGGCUUA